UGUCUGUCCGUCUGCUGUCUGUCUGCCUGUCUGUCAUUCAGUCAGUCUGUCAGGCAGUCUGUCUGCUGAACAGUCGACCGGUCUGUCAGGUUAUCCUAUGGACAUUCAGUGGUUUAAUCAUUCAAACAAUAAACGUUCCAGAUGGUUAGAUAGCUUUUGAUCAAAAUAUUGUCUAGCUUGUUAAUUGAUCAGUCAGUAGGUAGAUUACUAAGGUAAUAAAGUAGAAACUCAGAGAGUAAAGUUAGCUUUUUAAUCACCCGGGUCGUUGAUUAGUUUUUGAUUAACCUGUUUGUUAAUUAAUUGGUUAGCUUGAAAUAAGUCAAUCCAUGUGUUCUUCAGUUAAUCUUUCUGUCAGCCAGGCAGACAAACAUAGAAUACCAGUCAGUAGGGUCAUGUCAGUGGUUGACUGCUUAAGAAAACUCUCAACCAUCUGUUCGUCUGUCAGUCAGGUACUGAAUAAGACAGUUGGCCUUUAGAUUAUCCAAUUGUUUGGCAACUUUUUCAUUCUUUAUCAGUUUGAAAGCCAUCCAUUUGGCAAGUCAUCUCAUUCAUGCAAUUACAUGGUCCAGCAUUUGGUUUCGUAUUAAGCCAAUCAGAGACAGAAAUCCGCCAUGAUAAUCGUAUUGUUUGCAAGGACACCAUAUGUAGCGCUAGCAUUCAACAUAUAUCACGUAUAGAAAUCAAAUGAAGAGGAAUGAAGAAAUUUGUAUCAAAGUGUUACAAUCUUACACUUAGAAGUUACCAAUUGUGGUUGGCUGCUAGUCAGUUAUACCUUCUGUUCGUCCGUCAGUCAGGUAAAUAGACAGUAUCAUCAUCCAAUCAUGUAGAAUUUUUCUUUUUUCAUUAGUCAGCAGUUUGACAGCUAGUCCCCAUUCACUAAUUCAUUCAACCUCUUCAGCAACCACUCAAUCACUGACCUUUACCAAAAUUCAGCACUUUGAGGUAGAAAUCAUAAUUGUGGUGUUCGCCAUGAUACAAGAGCUAUCGCGCUAGCCUUCAAAGUAAUGUCAUAUCUAAUGAUCAAGCCAAGAUGAAUUGAAAAUUUCAUGUAAUCUUGGUCUUACCUGAACAUGUAAGCUGAUUACCUUUUGUGGUUAACUUACAAUUGAAUUUAUAUUAGUUUUUAUAACAAGCUUGAUUUCCCAAAACCACCACAACUUUAUAACCAGUGCUUUUUGAUUUCCCAGAAGACUUUCACUGGCAAAUACACGGGGUAGAAUUGGUUAGACCUACGACACACUUCUGUCAAGAUGGGGAAACUUUUCCACCGAUGGAGAGAGUUGAAAACAGACUGGGUGGCUCUCUCCUUUCUAUCAGACUGUAUUUUUAUAUCCUCUUGCAACAUAUUCUUCCCUCUAACAUUGUUUAAGAUUUCAUUAAUGUGGCAUAUCAGUCUAACAGAGCCGAAAACCGAGUUGUUUCAUCACACAGUUGCGGAUGUCUAACGGAAAUUUGCAAUCUGUAUGUAUACACACGCUAACUGUUUGUGAUGAGCCAAUAUAAUUUAGUGUAUACGAAACUAAUGGCGUGUAGAAAAACAUUUGAUGAUACCAGUUUGCUAUCCGGCCGUUUUAAUCAUUUUUUGUGGUUGUCUAUAAACGCUUGGCUCAGCUUCCAUGAGAUGAGUUAAAUGCUCUGUUAAUUCAAAUUCAUCAUGUUUCAAGUUGUAAAUCUUGAUCUAAAAAUGGUCAGGCACGAUCUCAUGAGGACUUCAUAUACUUGUUAGACAUCUCCUUUAAAAGAAGCGAAGACAUAAAUAGUUACUAGUGUGUUUUGGCUCAGGUUGAUAAUUUCUUAAAAAUUUAGAUUUACAGAGUUUUCCUUAGUGCUGCUAAAUUUCAGAGACGCAUAGCGUUCCACUACUUUCUUGACAGAAAUUUCUAGACGUUACAACUCAGCUGCACGUUUGUUUUCUAUACUCUACGCCUAAUUUUUCUUUCUCAGUCAAGCAUAUCUAUCACUUUUCAAUGUCACUCACUCAGAACUAAUAUAACUUUUACUCGUUGUAGACGUGCUUAUCAUGAUUGGUUAUACAAGAGCAGAAUGAGAGCUGUUCCCCAGAAUUUACUUAAGUUUGCAUCCCGUUAUUUUCUAUCGUGUCUUGCCGAGAUAAGAUAGCUAGAAGAUGGUAUUACAAUAGCCAAAAUGGUACUACAAAACAGAUCAUUAACACGAUUGCUUUUUUUAGUUAUUUUUGCAAUGUUUUAUGUGCUCUGUUAUAGAUCGGCAAAGGCAUUUGGAAAUCUUUCUUAACAUUUUUAAAUCCAAGUUAAAAAUUGUCGCAUGUGAGAAUAUUAAUCAAAGGAUAAGAGUCUAACUUUUAUGUGAAAUAAAUCAAACAGCUUGUUUCAAAUAUUCAUUUCACUGAUUAAAGAUUCUUUCUGCAAACGAGGAGUCUGGCACUAGCAUUUGUUUUGCAUGAAAACGAGACUGGGGUAAACUGUUCAAGUUGCCUUGGUGAUUCAACAUGGCGGUUAAAAACGGUGCAUACAGUCUGGAGGAAAAACGGGAAGCUGUGGCUUUUUUUAACAAGAAUGAAGUGCCAAAACAGAUUGAGGAUCUUUUGAAUCAGAUGUUCAAGGAAAAAUCCAAUGAUGUUUUUGGAUAUAUGGGAGAAUAUUUUGGGAAACGUUCCAAAACACCAACAGUAUCUAAGGUCUCAGCGGUAGAAAUCCUCAGUACCCGAGGAUUCCCAACCUUUGAAGUUAGCUUUGACUGCACUGUCAAUGGACUCUCAAAGCCCAUAGCAAGUGUUGUAUCCCUUAUUGAUUCCAGUCCCCCAGCAGACUCUUUGAGCUCCAAGAUGGUCAAAACCCCAGACAUGAAAACCAAGACACCUGUCACUGAGCAAUCCAAACAGCAAAAGGGAGCAGAGACUGCUGUUAUGACCACUGAAGGGGAAUCCAUUAGUCCAGCCCCAGGACUAGAUGUGGCAGAGUCAAUUGAGAGAAUCACUGAUACUAUUGCACCACGUAUUGUGGGACUGGACCCAACUGAUCAAAUGAAGAUAGAUGAGAUGCUACAGAAAAUGUUAGAAGAAGAAAGGCAGUCACUACAUAUUAAUAACAAUGACUGUGAUAAAGAUCAAACUGAGGAAGAACUGGAGCCUGAAAAAGCUGAGGACUCAAACAAGAAGUCAAAUAUGUCCAGAGGAGAGAGCAAACAGUCGCAAACUUCACAGGAUACUAGCAAGAAAGGAGACAGCAAAAGAGGAACAGCUGGCAUUAAAGAGUCACAAGCACAACUGGUGCCUGAUUUGGAGGAAGAGGAGAUCUGCAGAGAUGCGGCUAUAAUUGGUGUUUCGAUGGGGACGGUAGUCACCGGGGCAAAAAUUAAAGGACUCUCUUUGUACCAACAUCUUGCUAAACUUGUUGGAAAAGAGACUGAUGAUAACUUUACUGUACCUAUUCCAAUGAUGACAUUAUUGACGAGUGGAAAGCAGGCGGCGGGAAAGCAAAAUCUUAUCAAAGAAGUUUUCAUUUUACCUCAACCAGGAACGCCCAUGAAAAAGGCCUUGCACCAGCUGACCAACAUCCAUCAGCAGAUGAGCGAGACUCUUGUUCAAAAAUACGGACCUUCUGGUCGGUGUGUUACUGAUGAUGGUAGCUAUUCCCCUUCAAUGGAUAAGCCAGAGCAGGCUUUAGAUUUUGUUCAAGACGCAGUGUCUUCAUGCGGCUAUAGCCUGGGUACCGAUGUUCACAUUGCACUCAAUUGCGCAGCCUCAGAAAUUUAUGACCAGGAAAAACUAAAGUAUGAGAUAAUGGCAAACGCCUUCAAGAGUCUGGACGAUGUGAUCAACCUGUACUGUGAACUUCACGAGAGAUACCUUGGAAUCAUAGCUAUCAUUGAUGGUGUCAGGAGUCCGGACAGGGAGGGCUGGAAGAAACUCAGUCAGAGGAUUGGAGAGAAGUGUUUCAUUGUUGGCAGUGAAUUGUACAGAAAACAUUCCAGUGUUUUGGAUAGUGGAGUCACCGACAAACUCAGUAGCGUUGUAGCUCUAAGCCUGGAUCAAGCCAACACUAUCACGGGAUUGUCUCAAAUGGCCAGGACCGUCACAGAUCAGGGAGGACUCAUUUCACUUGCAGAUGGACCAUGUGCAGAUUCUUCUUCUAUUCUAGCGGAUCUGGCAGUGGCUUUUGGUGCGCGGUUCAUCAAACUCGGCGGUCCAGUCCGCGCUGAGCAUGUCAGUAAGUACAGAAGAUUGCAGCAGAUCGAGCAGGAACUGGAACAGAGAGGUCGCUUAACGGCUCAGGAAGAACACGUGUUUCCUGUUAUUAAUGAGGUCGAGGAGGAAGAACCGGAGAGCGAACAAAGUUAAAGCCUGUGGGACAUUUUUGGACUGUAAUUAGUUAAAUUCUUUUCGCCCUUCGUCUUUCGCUUUGACGAACAUUUAACGCUAGAACUUCAGUUUUAGAACCUCUUUAUGGUGGCUGAUUUUCAUUAUCAACUCAGUUGAUAAAACUAAAUUAUGUUGUAGUACCCCUACCAACGCAUUACCACUGUGACAGUUUCUUUAGAAACUUGUCCCUUUUGUUCCUAUAUAAACGCAGGCUGUGAGGUUGUGAUUUUCACUAUGUUUAAUCACUUUAACAAAGGGCAGGUGAGUUAAACGUCAACUGCAGUCAGACUAACAGACACAUUUCGUGAGUGCACACAAGGUAUUUAGUGCCAAAUUUAACUUGCGAGUGUCGUUAAACCAAAGAAAUCACUAAAACCAAUGGGAACAAAAUCAACUUGGCAAGGAACCUUUAAGGUAAGGAACUUAAGGUAAAUGUAUCCUAACGCCUCAUGCGCGGAAAAGCGCAGAUUACACGGUCGCGAUUUCUGUAAAAAAUCCAUUUUCGAAAAAAUAGGCUAGAAUCCAAACUCCUCAGAAAACAUGUACUAAACUUGUUGAAUGAGCCACGAUAUUUGGCUAAAAUAAAAACUAAGAAACUUCUUAAAAAAUUCCAAACACAAGGGUAACAAAUUUAUGCGAACGAAAGCUCAAAAUCAUCGAACAAAACUCCGUAGAAUAACAACAUACGUACAGACACUUUGUCCGGUCCAGCGUGUAUUUGAUGCGUUAGUUUUCUUCGUCAUGUUCACAGGCGAUUCUAUGGUCAUUUCACAAGCGAAAUGAAACUAAAAAGAUGAAAGCGCACGUUUGAUAAUUAUUGUAUAGUGUUGUACAAAGUUAAGUUUCGUUAUCAGCGUAUUUGUGUUUUGGAUUCAGUUGCAAUGAUGUCGUUGCCUGCUAAUGUAGUCUAAUUCGAAAAGCGUUCAACUGUGGUUGUCUCGCGAAAUAGCUCUGGAGCUUCCAGAGCUUUUUGCACGACAACGGUAGGAAUUAGAACUCUCGUGUAUAUAUGACGAGUGGGUAAUCACAUUACUAAUGAAAAUAACCGCAUCUGGAUAAAGUUGUACAUAUAAUUUUAUUUGUAGAUGUGAAAUAUUUAAAUAAAGUCAUUUUGCCACAA